AUGAAAUUUAGGACACGAGUCAAGGAGAAACUCCCUCUUUAUAAAGAGGAUGAUGCCCUUCAUACAGCGUCACCCAGAAAGAAAGGUGCCACCCGACCAAAAUGGAAAUUCUAUUGGAGGCAUCUAUUUAUGCUACUGUGUAUGUGGAUCAUGCUGAUCAAUUAUUAUGAGCGAACUGUAGUGAAACGAGUAAUAAAAAGAUGCGAAUGGUCGAAGUGGGAGAAGUGGCCAAGUGAUGUGAAUUCUCACAGAGUUGGAUUGUUUGCCGAUCCUCAAAUAAUGGAUGCUCACUCAUACCCCAAUAGACCAUGGAUCAUCAAUUAUUUCACUCGCGUAAUCUUAGACACAUACCAUAAGAAAAACUGGAAAUAUGUGCAGUAUCUUUUAGAACCAGAUACAAAUUUCUUUUUGGGUGACCUUUUUGAUGGCGGUAGAGAGUGGGCCGAUGAAGAGUGGCUAGGGGAGUACGUAAGAUUCAAUGAAAUAUUCCCCAAGGUUCCUUCAAGCCGAACAAUCAUGUCGAUUCCUGGGAAUCACGAUAUUGGAUUUGGAAAUACAAUAAGGGAAGAAAGUCUUGACAGAUUUUCGACAUAUUUCGGGGAACCAUCAUCAUUUUAUGAUAUCGGCAAUCACACCUUUGUCUUAUUAGAUACAAUAUCUUUAUCAGACGAGGCAAAUCCGGACGUUUCAGCUGUGCCAAAGAGUUUUUUGAAUGACUUUGCCACAGGGGACCAUCCAUUGCCGAAGAUCCUGCUCUCUCAUGUUCCUCUUUACAGGAAUCCGGAACAGCAAAAAUGUGGCAAUCUUAGAGAAUCAAAAAAGAAUUUUCCUCUCCAACAAGGUGAGCAAUAUCAAACGGUUAUAGACUUAGAACUAUCUCAAGAAGUUUUAUCCAUGGUAACGCCUGUUAUUUUAUUUUCCGGCGAUGACCACGACUACUGUCAUAUCACACAUUCAUACCAUUCGGAUGGUAUAACGAAAUCUGCAGAAGAGAUAACUGUGAAAUCAUGUGCCAUGAAUAUGGGUAUAGAAAGACCGGCAAUACAAUUACUAUCUCUUCACAAUCCCCUGGAAGAUUCAUCUAGGUCGUCCACAACAUCCUUUGAAACAGAUAUUUGUUAUUUGCCUGACCCAUAUAAGCCGCUUACGAUGUAUGCCUUAAUGCUGCUAUUCACCAUUGGUUGGUUGGUCUACAUGUGCAUUUUUCCAAAGUCUUUCAAUAAGUUGGUUGCUAAUAAAAUGGGAAGAGGCCACAGCAAAUCAGUUUCAGCCUUGCCACUACCUGUGAGUUCCAAAUCUUCUGUCCAAAGUGCAUCAUCUGUGUACACUGUACAGGAGACCCCUAAAUCCGGAAAUGUACUAUUAAACGCAGCCAUACUGUCCAUCAUGGUGUUAUGUGUUUUCUCAUAUUAUUACGCAAGCAUUUGA